CAUAGGAGACCGUGUGUACGUGUGUGGUGAAUGCGUACGCACCACUACGCGUUAAAUUUGUUGCACAUUGAAUGACGAUUCCGAAUGGCGAUAACAUCCCGUCAGAACAGGCUUCGUCGUCCAACCCUCUUUAUCCGUGUUUACCGACUGAUUUUGCGGGCUAAAGGUGAUGGACAUAAGGUCUAUGUUCGGGGGCCGUUCGACCGAAGGCUACACGGGUGGCCAUGUGCACGCUGAGACCCUAUCUGAAGACGAGGAUGACGAGAUGUGUUCACGUUUGAGUCGUCAGCGACGGGGGUCAGGGGGCUUUACCCCCACCCCAGGGGGACCCUUCUCUGCCCUCUGCCCCUCCAUGUGGCCGCAGGACAUACUGGCAAAUCUUGCCCAGACUGAAGAUUCCGGAGCCCAGAUGGAUUUUCGAUAUGAUGAGUUUGGUUUCAGAGUGGAUGAAGAAGACGGAGCAGAGCCCAACUCAAGUAAGCUACUGAGUCAACCCUUCAUUGAGGACCCUCAGCACCGAUUGAAGUGGACGGCCUACUUUGAAUUUGCCCACAAUCAGGACGUAGGCAAUCUCACAUGGGAUAAGCUUGAAAGCAGACUACCCCACACAGAGAAGUUGCGUCACCUGGUGCGCGAGGGGAUCCCCCACAGUAUGCGCCCCAACCUGUGGAUGAGACUGUCUGGGGCCCAGCAGAAGAAGGAGAACAGCGAAACGUCUUACAAGGAAAUUAUCAAAGCCAGCACAAAUGAUCACUCGCUGACGGCCAAACAGAUUGAAAAGGAUCUUCUGCGCACUAUGCCCAGCAAUGCCUGUUUCUCCUCCAGUAAGAGCACCGGUGUGUCCCGUCUGCGGCGCGUUCUCCGAGGCAUAGCCUGGCUCUACCCUGACAUUGGCUAUUGCCAAGGAACAGGAGUUAUCGUAGCAUCCUUGCUACUUUUUAUGGAGGAGGAAGAGGCAUUCUGGAUCAUGUGCGCAAUCAUUGAGGAUCUGGUGCCGGCCUCUUACUACUCCAGCACACUGCUCGGUGUACAGGCUGACCAGAGAGUGUUGCGUCAGCUGAUGGUCAGUUUCCUUCCAGAGUUAGAUCAGCAGCUGAAGAGCCAUGAUAUAGAGCUAUCCCUGAUCACCCUUCACUGGUUCCUGACGGUGUUCGCCAGCGUGGUUCACAUCAGGGUGCUGCUGCGGAUCUGGGACAUGUUCUUCUACGAGGGCUCCAUCAUUCUCUUCCAAGUCACCCUGGCCAUGUUUAAACUCAAGGACGAGGACCUUCUCAAGCUGGAGAACUCCGCCCAGAUUUUCAACGCUCUCUCAGACCUACCUGGAGAAAUGGAAGACGUGGACAAGCUGAUAGAGCUAGCGGAAGCCAUAUCCAUAGCCAUACCCUGGUGUAUGCACACAGCUUGCCUGCUGUGUGGGGUAAGUCACAUUAAGCCUCAUUUCACAGAGCCACUAAACAGAAAACAAUUGCUUAGUAAGUUGCUAAGCGAAAAUCAGGCUGCUAAGUGAAAAUCAGGUUGGAACCAGCUAAAA